AAACACAAAAUACUUCGUCCUCCCAAUCACAACCUUAUGCAAUUGAUAUUCAAUUUUAUGAUGACGGAACAACUCUCAUACAUCUUGUUAGAAAUACUGAUACUGAGCAUUGUUUUGAACACAUAUUACGUAUAAGAAUUAUCCAUUUAAAUGGAUCCGUCACUGAAAUUGAUGAUCCAGAUUUAAAUCUUGAUUCUGUGAAUUAUUGCUUAUUUUACAGCAAUUUUACUAACAAAAUGGUGAAUCCUAUUUCAAUACGUCCCUUAAGACAACAAUUUAUAUUAGUGAGUUAUUUGAAUGGCUCAAAUUAUUGGGGAGCUGUUCUUAAUUGGAAGGGCGAAAAAUUAAGUGAUGCUAAUGGAAUUUUAUCAGAGUUGGUGAAUUUCAAUUAUGCAGUAAGAAUUACAGGCAGUGCAGACAGUAAGGUUACCACUUUUACGUCAUUGGCCACCGUUGAUGAAGGCUAUGCAGUAUUGUAUUUUAAAUAUUCAGACGUUGGCGGCAGUGCAUUGAUGAAUACAUUUGGUGGAUUAUAUGUCAGCUUUAUAGGUUACAAUACAACUGAUACAACUUCCUUUGACAAUCCUAUCCUUCUCUUUCAAAUAACUAGUGAUGAAAUGAAAAUUAAUACAGUUCAUUGUAAUGCAUGUUUUGGAUUUUGUUACUAUUGUGUUGCUUCCAUCAGCUACAACAACACAGUAUACUAUGAAGAGAUUACAUUUUGCUCAGUAAAGAUUAUAUAUUCCGGAUUAUUAGUAAAUACUCCCACCGAAACUAGUAUGCCCUGGAAUGUUAUGUCUUCAACACCUGUCGGCGGAUAUGUAUUUUCUGCUGUGGUUAAUGCCACUCGCUCUAUUUAUAUCUAUGACAUUGAUCGUAAUACGAAAGUUAAUUUGACGUAUUUUGAUACAACUGAUAUUGGUGCAUAUAGCAUCUUGAAAAAUAAUAUUACCCAUUUAUUCCCUUUACGAGAUAUAAAUGGUAAAAAUACAUCUUGGUCUUUGCUUGCUGUUCAGUUACCUAAAACACCAGCUU